AUGGUAGCGACAUCUUCAAAGAGGACGUUGGAUCCAAAGGAGGACUAUUUGUCCGCUGAAAAAACAUCGACGAGUUCAAGCAACACCAUAAUAUCUGAGCUAGCAUCACAAGAGAAAUCAAGCUCUAAUGCUACCACACUAAAAUUAAUUGCCCUUAAUAUCAAAACAAUAUCAGACGAAGAUGUGGGUUAUAUUCAAAAUGUUGAAAGGCUGUCCUUAAGGAAAAAUCACUUAACGUCCUUGCCUGCGAGCUUUAAGAGAUUAUCAAAGCUGCAAUAUCUGGACUUGCAUAAUAACAAUUUUAAAGAAAUUCCAUAUGUUUUGACACUAUGUCCUCAAUUAGAGAUCUUAGAUCUGUCUUCCAAUGAGAUUGAAGCAUUUCCGGAUGAAAUAUCAUCCUUUUGGCAGGAUAAUAUACGUGUAUUAUCGUUGAAAGACAACAACGUGACCAGCAUACGAAAUUUGAAAUCGAUCACGAAACUAAAUAAGCUGAGCAUCUUGGAUUUAGAGAACAACAAAUUACCCAAAGAAGAACUUGACCAAGUACAGAGUUAUACUCCAUUUCAUACAGGCAUCCCUAAAGAAGAAUAUUGGGCAAUUGCAAUAUCACGAUAUCUGAAAGACCAUCCCACCCCACCUGGUUCAGAACCAAAAAUAUCGAGGGCAGCGAAAAGAAUGGGAUUCAUAAAUACGAACUUAUCUAAUGGAGCAAUGAAUGACAACAAUAUAAUAUCACUUGCCCCGAGUGCGAAUACGACUAUAAAUGCACCUACUGCAAUGGUCUCAUCUAAUCCGACCUCCGUAACAACUUUCAAUGGUACAGGCAAUGUAGAAUCAGAACCUAGUGGGGUAGUGAGUGGGACAGAGCUAUAUAACCACACCAAGUAUAAUGACUACUUCAAGAGGUUAUCGAUUUUACCAGAGGAGUCAAUGAGUAACGAGCACCAAAAGAUAUCGCAUUCAGAAUUGGUCGUUUCCUGUCGGAAGCUCUUAUUUAGUUUCACGGAAUGCCAACAAGCAAUCAGAAAAAUUGCCUCUUUCUGUAAAGAAAAGGCUGUAGCGGUGAAUGUUGUAUCACUACUGUACUCUGUCAGAUCACAUACUGAUAAUCUGGUGGAGGUCUUGCAGCAAACAGAGAACGAAGACGAGUCACAUGAUCAGGCGUUAAUCAAGCUGUGCCUUACCAUUAUUACAAAUUUUAAGCAAAUUAUAACAUUAUUGAGAAAGAAUUUCGAGAUUUUUUUCAAAGAAGAUGAUCUGUGUUUCAUAAGAAUGUUUUAUAUGACAUUAAUGUGCGCUUAUAUGGAAAUGUAUAAUGCAUGGUCUUUUAUCAAGGAAGAUGAUCAAGUGGCUAGUUCUGUAAAUAAGGCUCCAAAGAAACAAUCUUUUUCGAGACAUGACACAUCGUCCAGUAUCACAAACAGUGGAGGGCCCGCGGUAAAUACAAUUAGUACACACUGUAGCGGGAAUAUAAAAUUACUACCGAAAACGAGGAGCACAAGAACACCAUCUGCAUCUGCAUUGCUUUCGAACAGUAAUAUUCUAACGGGUGACACGCCAAUUUCAAACAGCACCACUGUUCCACUCUUAUCGCCAAAUCCAAACAGUGCACACACUCAUGGUCCAAUCUUGGGACAUCAAAAUGCAACAAGCAAUGGAAGCUCUCAAAUGAAUAUGAAUGAAGGAAAAACUACUAGCGAUAAUCUGCCAAGGCAACAGCUACUUCAGCACAACAAAUCUCUCAGUGAUUCGAAAAAAGAAUCAGUAGUGCAUGAAACUAAACCUCAUCCUGUUAUGACUUCUUCGAUAAUUAACGUAUCAAAUAGCACUAACAUCUCUAAUGUCAAUAUAACCCCUCCACCGAUGAAUGCUAGUGGUGCUGGUAACAGUACCGUUAAUGUAGUGGAGACAAAUAUUGAUAUCCAAUUAUAUCAAACACUAUCAACAGUAGUUAAAAUGGUGAGCGUUGUAUAUAAUCAGUUAACUUCAGAGAUAUCCAAGAUAGCCAUUGCUAGCACCAUGGGAAAGCAAAUUUUGACGGACUCGUUGGCACCUAAAAUUCGUGAUUUAACGGAAACAUGUCGUCAAGCAAUGGAUCUAUCCAAACAACUGAAUGAAAGGCUGAAUGUAUUAAUACCGAACGAUUUAAAUUCAGAAAAGUAUCUAACAUCUUUGGAGAAGCUGAAAACGUGGGAGAUAAUGAAUUCGUUCUUAAAAGUAAUAAUAUCAAUUUUGGCUAAUACUAAAAUCGUAAUGAGCGAUGUGCCUAAUUUAAAUGAGCUGAGACCUAACCUAGCCAAUUUGGCCAAGAUUACUAAGGACGUUACUGUUAUAUUGGAUUUGAGUUCAUACAAGGCAGUGUCAGUAAGCGCCAACUCUCCGGAGUAA